AUGAUCAUAUCUGACCGAGCCGCUCUGGAUGGUACUGCGGAGUGUACCUCCAUCCAUACAAUUGUGAGUCGAGAGAUCUGGAGGCCUCCAGCGACGCAAGCCAAAUGUCGAAGGCCCACCAACUGUCUCCGUGUCUUGACGACUUGUUUUGAUCCAAGUGGCGAGUUUGCCACUUGGACGCCCCCAGAUGAGUACCGGCGUCGAAUGAAGAGCAGUAUCACUGAACUCACGAGGCGGACAAUGGGCGUGUACCCAAACCACCAGGAUAACCAGAGGUACCUUGGCGUUUUCUAA